AUGACAGUUGACCUAAAUAUCCCAUACUCGGCAUGUGAACUGAAGAGAGUGAAAAGGCUUGAGUUGGGGGUGCUAGACCCGGAAAUAAUAAAAAAAAUAAGUGUGUGUGAAAUAGUAAAUGUAGAUAUAUAUAAAGAUGGGUUUCCGAGGGAGGGGGGUUUAAACGAUAUAAGGAUGGGAACAAUCGAUUACAAAACAUUAUGUGGUACAUGUAACAUGAACGUUAAAUAUUGCCCUGGUCAUUUUGGUUAUAUAGAAUUAGCAAAACCGAUGUAUCAUUAUGGGUUUAUGAAUGUAGUGUUAAGUAUAUUAAGGUGUGUGUGUUACCAUUGUGGUAGGUUGUUAUGUAAUAUGAAUAAUUCAAAGGUAAAAUAUAUUGAGAAAAUAAAAGUUAAUAGUUUAAGAUUAAAAAAAUUAUCAGAAUUAUGUCAAGGAAUAAAAGUGUGUGAUCAUUCGUCUGCACAAGAAGAUUUAUUACAUAUUAAUGAUAACUCUAUUAAUAAUUUUUAUAACAAUGAUUUAAGUAAUUUAAAUGUAAAUCAGCAAAUGCUUUUAAAUCCAAAUUGUUAUAGUAAUAUAUUUGAAAUGGUAAGUAAAGAGGACGUAGAUUGUGGUUGUGUGCAACCGAAAUAUACUAGAGAAGGUCCAAAUUUGUAUAUUCAAUUUUUGCAUAGUAGUGAAGAGGAUAUUGAUGAAAGUAAACGCAAAUUAAGUGCAGAAGAAGCAUUAGAAAUAUUAAAAAGAAUAAGAAAAGAAGAAAUGGGUAUUUUGGGAUUUAACUCAGAUAGAUGUAUUCCUUCAUCGUUAAUUUUAACAUAUAUACCUAUACCUCCACCUUGUGCAAGACCAUAUGUUCAGUAUGGAAAUCAAAGAAGUGAAGAUGAUUUAACAUUAAAACUUUUAGAUAUUGUAAAAACGAAUAUACAGUUAAAGAAACAAACAGAUAGAGGUGCUAAAUCACAUGUACUGCAAGAUUUGUGUUCACUAUUACAAUUUCAUAUUACGACUUUAUUUGACAAUGAUAUUCCAGGAAUGCCAAUUGCUACUACUAGAUCGAAGAAACCAAUUAAAGCAAUAAAGACAAGAUUAAAAGGAAAGGAAGGUAGAUUAAGAGGAAAUAUAAUGGGUAAAAGAGUGGACUUUUCAGCAAGAACAGUAAUUACAGGAGAUCCCAAUUUGAAUAUUGAUUAUAUAGGUGUACCUAAGUCAGUAGCAAUGACAUUAACAUUUUGUGAAACAGUAACUCCAUUAAAUUAUGAUGAUUUAAAAAAAUUAGUUGAAAGAGGUCCCUACGAAUGGCCAGGUGCAAGAUAUAUUAUAAGAGAUAAUGGAACUAAAUAUGAUUUAAGGCAUGUAAGAAAAAACUCAGAAAGGGAAUUAGAGUAUGGAUAUAAAGUAGAAAGACAUAUGACAGAUGAAGAUUAUAUAUUAUUUAAUAGGCAACCAUCUUUACAUAAAAUGAGUAUAAUGGGACAUAAGGUAAAGAUAUUGCCUUAUUCUACAUUUAGAUUAAAUUUAGCAGUAACUUCUCCCUAUAAUGCUGAUUUUGAUGGAGAUGAAAUGAAUUUGCAUCUAGCACAGUCACAUGAAACUCGAUCAGAAAUUAAGCAUCUGAUGAUUGUACAAAAACAAAUAGUUUCACCUCAGGGUAAUAAACCUGUUAUGGGUAUUGUACAAGAUUCUUUAUUAGCCAUUCGUAAGUUUACUAGAAGAGAUAAUUUUCUAUCAAAAGAAGAAAUUAUGUCUUUGUUAAUUUGGAUCCCAUAUUGGAACCAUGUAAUCCCUACUCCCGCCAUAAUAAAGCCUAAACCCCUUUGGACUGGGAAGCAAAUAUUUUCCAUGCUGUUACAUUUUGACGAUUUGGACAAACAUGAUAAUGAUGGUGGUAAUAUCAGCGGUAACAGCGAUGAUCCCUUGAAGAGCCAAGGGGGGGAUAGAAAUGCGCAUUUUGAUGAAGAGACAACACAUAGAACUCAUCAUCUGUCCAGGUUAGGGGUCAACCAUCCAAGUAGUCCAGGCAUAAUGGUUGAUGGUAUGAACCAGGGGGGAAACAUGUUAUUCAUGAAUAGCGUAAAAAACCAAGGAACCAUAAGUAACGACAAGUUUAACAAUAGUAGCAAUAGUAAUCAUAACAACGCCAUGUCAAGGAAAUACAAUGGGAUAAAGAUAAACCUAAUAAGAGACUCAUCUACGUCGUGUAAAGAUGAUAAUCCCUAUUGUUCAGUUAGUGAUGGGAAGGUAAUUAUAAAAAACAAUGAGUUGUUAAGUGGUAUCAUAUGUAAAAGGACUGUUGGUUCAUCCAGUGGGUCGUUAAUUCAUAUAUUGUGGCAUGAAAUGGGUCCAGAUAAAACGAAAGAUUUCAUUUCGGCUUUACAAAAAGUAAUGAACAAUUGGCUUGAGUAUGUAGGUUUUACUGUCAGUUGUUCUGAUAUUAUAGCUAGUAAUAAAAUAUUAGAUAAAGUAAAAGAUAUAUUAAAUAAAUCAAAAAAGGAAGUGUCCAAAAUAGUAAAAAAAGCACAGAGAGGAGAAUUAGAAUGUCAACCUGGAAAGUCUUUAUAUGAAUCCUUUGAAACUAGAGUUAAUAAUGAACUAAAUUGUGCUAGAGAAAUGGCAGGAAAAGUAGCAUCCGAAAGCUUAGAUGAACGAAAUAAUAUAUUUAGUAUGGUUACUAGUGGUUCAAAAGGGUCUAUAAUAAACAUAUCACAAAUUAUAUCAUGUGUUGGUCAACAAAAUGUUGAAGGGAAAAGAAUUCCUUUUGGUUUUAAUCAUAGAUCAUUACCACAUUUUAUUAAAUUUGAUUACGGUCCAGAAAGUAGAGGAUUUGUAUCAAAUUCAUAUUUAAGUGGUUUAACACCACAGGAAGUUUUCUUCCAUGCUAUGGGUGGUAGAGAAGGUAUUAUAGACACUGCAUGUAAAACAUCCGAAACUGGUUAUAUACAAAGGAGGUUAAUUAAAGCUAUGGAGGAUGUUAUGGUACAAUAUGAUCGAACUGUCAGAAACUCAUAUGGUGAUAUUAUUCAAUUUUUAUAUGGAGAAGAUGGAAUGGCAGGAGAAUAUAUAGAAGAUCAAAUUAUUGAUUUAAUGAAAUUAGAUAAUAAAGAAAUUAAGAAAUUGUAUAAAUACAAUUUUGAUGAAGAACCAUAUGGAAAAGAUUUCUUCUUAGGUAAAGGAGGAGAUGAUGGGAAAACAUCAUCCUCAUAUAUAGACUAUAACAAACAGAAUAUAUUGAACCAAGAAUUUGAAGAGUUAUAUAAAUGCAAAAAUUAUCUGUGUAAAGAGAUUUUUCCAGAUGGGGAUAUAAGACAACAUUUGCCCAUUAAUAUGAACAGGCUAAUAGAAUAUGCCAAGUCCCAAUUUCCAUUUAUCCCCCUGAUUAGUAGCAAGGUGAAAAAUGGGGAUGACCAAAAAAUUAGGUCAAAAAUGAGUCUGGACGAGAGGGAAAAAAAGGAGAAAAGGAGAAGGAGAAAGAGAAGGAAAAAAAAAAAAAAAAAAGAAAAAGAAAAAGAAAAAGAAAAGAACACCAAGAUGUGCGACAAUUACGGUGUUAAUGAUGUUGGUAUGGAUGAUGGUAUCAGUGGAAGCAUUGGUGGUAGCUUUGGCAGUGGUGACUUCCCAGAUGGCACCAUAAACAACGACGAAUUAAUGUCGGAAAUAAAAAAAGAGUAUGAGAGCCACGAUCUAGCCAAUGUAAUGAAGAGUCAGAGUGCCUAUAAGACAUUCCGCCCAUUCGGUGAAGAGGAGGGAGCGGGUUCUGGACGCGACGGUAGCGGAGAUGGGAGUGAAGGAAGUAGCAGUGAAGGAAGCGGCAUUGAAGAUAGCAGCAGUGAUGAUAACAAUGGAAGUGAUCAUGGAAACAAUGAGUACUACUUCCCUGGAGGUGGACGCACGCAGGGAAAUGUGAAGCCGUUCGGAAGCAUGUUGAGAGGGCAUUAUGAAGAAGACAGCAGUAGUAAUGGAAUGAUGGUGGACCCGGUACAAGUAGUACACAAGGUAAAUAAUUUUCUAGAAAAAUUAGUUAUAAUAAAACAAAUAAACAGCAAUGAUACGUUGUCAGUAGAGGCCCAGAACAAUGCUACAUUGUUGUUGAAAGCGCAUUUAAGAACAUACUUGAAUUCAAAGCUAUUGACACAAACACAUAAUAUAAGUUUAAAAGGAAUAGAUUGGUUAUUACAAGAAAUUGAAAGGAUAUUUUAUAAGUCCUUAUGUCAUCCUGGGGAGUGUGUAGGAGCAUUAGCAGCUCAGUCUAUCGGUGAACCAGCUACUCAGAUGACCUUAAAUACAUUUCAUUUUGCAGGAGUAGGAUCAAAAAACGUUACUCUAGGUGUUCCAAGAUUAAAGGAAUUAAUAAAUAUAGUGAAAAAUGUGAAAACACCUUCAACUACUAUAUAUUUAGAUGAUAUAGUUUCUAACGAUCAGCAAAAAGCAAAAGACAUAUUAACGAAAUUAGAGUAUACAACAUUGAAACAGUUAACAUCGCAUGCACAAAUAAUUUAUGAUCCUAAUACAACUAGUACUAUACUAGAAGAGGAUAAAAUAUGGGUUAAUGAAUUUUAUGAAUUCCCAGAUGAAGAUGAUACACAAUAUUCUUUAGGAGAGUGGGUACUAAGAAUACAGUUAACGAAUAUACAUGUUAAUGAAAAAAAAUUAACUAUGAAAGAAAUUGUUUAUAUCAUCUAUUCAGUCUUCUCAAGUGAUGAAUUAGAUAUUAUUUACACAGAUGAUAAUUCUGAGGAUCUAAUUUUAAGAAUUAGAGUUAAAUACUUAAAUGGGGAGUACAAUUUUUUGACCGACGAUGGAGAAAAUGCAAAUGGAUAUGAAGAGGAGGAAGAAGAAGAAGAAGACUAUAACAAUAUUGCUAAUUCGUUUAAAACGAAGAAGGCUACUCCUGCUGAUACAGCUAUUAAUAACAAUAACGCUUUAAAUCAAAUAAAGGAAGAGGAUGCCUUCAGUCAAAAUAGCAGCCGUUCACACAGAAACGUCAACAAUGGAGGAAGCACAAACAAUGGUAGUAAUAACAUGCAUAUCUCAAACAACAAUAGCAACGAUGUAAAUAAUGCAGCUGAUAGUAACAACAAUCGAGGGGUGAACAAUGAGGGAGAGGGAAAACAAAUUAAAAAGGGACGAAGUGGAGCAGGCACAUCAGCCGCAUCAGUGGUGGUAACAUCGGACAAAGGGGAUAGCGAUGAUGAAGAUGACGAUUUUCUUUUUGGAGGUAACCAGACGAGAGCUAUGGAUGAAAACCACCAUUCUAGUAAUAGCAAGAGGAAUAAUAAUUACAAUCUUGAAAAUAUGAAAGAGUCAAUGAAUCAAGAAGAUGCAUAUUCCAAGCUGAGUGCAAAAACAGCGGAAAAUGAUCUGCAAAUGAAGAGCAGUAACAAAAGUGGCAGAAGUGGGGGUAGCGGAGGAAGCAGUAGUAGCAGCAGUACCAGUACCACCAGUAGCAGUAGUAAUAACGGAAGUGGGAACAAUAGCAGCGCGAUGAAUAAUAGCGGUGGUUUGAACAAUAACAGUGGUAUGAACAAUAACGGAGGGAUGAACAACAACAGCGGAAAUAAUCCACUGUUGUCGAAAGAAGACACUGAAGAUACGUUUCUAAAAAAGCUAAUGGAACAGUGUUUGUCAUCACUCAAAUUAAGGGGAAUAGAAAACAUAACUAAAGUUUACAUGAGAGAAGAGCCAAAGAUUACAUAUGACUCAGAUAAGGGAAAAUUUAUUAGAAGCUCUCAUUGGGUAUUAGACACAGAUGGUUGUAAUUUAGAAAGCAUUUUUUGUGCACCACUUGUAGAUUUUAAAAAAACUGUAUCAAAUGAUAUAGUAGAAAUAUUUGAAGUGUUAGGUAUAGAAGCAGUAAGAAGAGCAUUACUAAAAGAAUUACGAACAGUAAUCUCUUUUGAUAGUUCAUAUGUUAAUUAUAGACACUUAUCCAUAUUAUGCGAUGUAAUGACACAAAAAGGAUAUUUGAUGUCAAUAACAAGACAUGGAAUUAAUAGAGUAGAUAAGGGUCCAUUAGUAAAAUGUAGUUUUGAAGAAACAGUGGAAAUCUUAUUAGAAGCAGCUGCAUUUGCACAAGUAGAUAAUCUAAGAGGCAUAACAGAAAACAUAAUGUUAGGUCAACUAUGUAAAAUAGGUACUGGUGUAUUUGAUAUAAUUAUUGAUAAUGAGAAAUUAAAUGAUGCAAAUCAAAAUUUAGAAACUAUUCAAGAUAUAACAAGUGCAGGUUUUACAACUCCUGAUAGUCAUCAUGGUAUAACACCAGAUGGUCUUCAAUCACCUAUAGCUAUAAAUACAUUAAAUUCGCCUUUACCAUUUUCCCCUACAUAUAAUGCGAAUUUGUUAUCACCAACUGCACCAAUAGAUAACAGUACAAAUAGUAAUAAUAGUAUGAAUAGUAUAUUAUCACCACAGUAUAUACAAAACUAUACUGAUAAUAUUAUCUCACCUACGAAAAACGAUUUCAAUAAUUUAGAUACUUUAAAAUUAGGGGGGAAAUUUUCUCCAACUAUUCAAUCGCCAAAGUCUCCAACAUCUGUUAUUCAUUCUCCUUUUUCUCCUUUCGAUAAUAACAAUCAGCAGUUAAUGGAUACUAAUUUAUUAUUUUCUCCCAAAAAUAAUAUUACAAAUAGUAGUAAUAAUAUGAUGAAUAAUUAUAAUGUUUUUUCUCCAAAGGCUAAUAUGGCUACCAAUAUUCAGUCACCAGUUAUGUAUUCACCAAUUCCUAUGACAAACCCUAUGAUAAACCCCAUGAUGGACAUUUUUUCUCCAAAACCUCAUAUACAGAACAAUGUAUACUCUCCUUCUUAUUCUCCAACAUCUCCUACAUAUAACGCAAAUAAUGCGUAUUACUCCCCAACCUCUCCAAACAAUAACAGUAGUAGCGGUAAUUAUAGCAGUUAUAACCAAUCGAAUGAUCUUACCAAUGCCAAUAGAAAAUAUAGUAUGAUAUCCCCUGUAUAUUCAGUCACUUCGCCAAAAUAUUCCCCCACCUCGCCUCAAUAUUCUCCAACAUCUCCUGUACCUAACAACCCAAGUAGUCCUCAAUAUUCUCCUUAUUCAAUUACCUCCCCAAAAUUUUCUCCAACAUCUCCAGCCUAUUCUAUUAGUUCUCCUGUAUACGACAAAAAUACUGCUAUUAAUAAUAAUCAUCCUUUAUCUCCAGCAUAUAUUCUACAGUCACCUGUACAGGUAAGACAACAUGCACAAGAUGUUCAAAUGUUUUCCCCAGUUCAGAAAGCGAAUGUUGCGGAUGUGCAAAAUGACGAUCCGUUUUCUCCCAUGCCGUAUAACAUUGACGAGGAGGAAAUGAAGGAGGAAUAA